UUUGUGUACAUUCUGAGGUCCAAAGUCGAAAGCAGUAAGCCUCCAUCUGUCACAUGGAAGUAACAUAUAUGCGUUCAACAUUACGUGGUUCAGCUGACAUCUGUUCACUAAGGAAAUGAAAGGAAUACACACGGAAACAGGAAUAUAGAAAAAGGAGGCGAACGUGAUACAAACAUGAGUGUGACGUCGGUCUGAAUUAUUGGCGAAAUAUCAAAACAACGCUUUGUGUUAUGCGCACUCACAUGGCUCGUGAUAUUAUACAUUGUAGAUCAUUCAUCUCAGCUCUAUAGAAACCGAGUGUGUAUCCUAUAUAUUCUCAGUUGUAAACUUGACUCUCACAUUAAACAAAAUGGAUUUAUAUGGAUGGAUGAUGGUGCUUUUCACUACUCUGGCUUCAGUGACAUUUAUUGGAGCAAGUGACCACAAAUGUACCUUUAUAAAGGCCAAGACUAUGACAAAGUUUGAGCAGGUGUACAAACCCUGUAAGCUGUCGUACCGAGCUCGCUGUACCUGGUUCAGUCUAGACUACUGUACCUUUUAUCAUGAACAAUACUGUAAUAAAAACUACAAUACUUCAGAGAUUGUAUAUGUGAAGGUGAUCGAGUGUUGUAAAACUUAUGUUCUGGCCCCAAAUGGUACAUGUGUUGUCAAGACACAAGUUGAAAAUGACGAUUGGUAUAUCAGAAAACAAAACUCCACCACCACUACAGAAAUUCCUGUGCACAUUAAUCCCAUUGACACCGGACCUGGGAAGAAUCCGGUAAAAGGUCACUCUGGCGAUGGUGACUCUGUUGAUCCCAGCAAAGUGACAAAAGUAAAGAACAAGGAUAACAGCAUGACACUUUCCCAUGGAGCUUAUGCUGGAAUAGGAUGUGCAUUACUGUUUCUGGGUAUCAUUGCUGUACUCGUAUUUAUAGGAGUAAGGAAAAGACGAAGAAGAUAUGCUGCAAGAAAAUCCAGUGAACAGAGAGUUCCAAUUCAUUCGGCUUCAGAGGAUAAUCUGGAGACGUAACCAAAAAAACAUGUUCGAUUUACUGGUUAUGAUACUGGUCAGAACAGAUCCUGUAUUGUGGCCUUAUUGGCAAGAUUACGCUAUCAGCCUUCUGAACUAUAGCAAGCAACCUGAUCAGAUAUGGUUUAACAGCAAAUGACUGAAUUUAACCUGUACUGAAAAACCCAUUAACCUUCAGUAUUAAGCCCGCCCCACUGCGAAUUGUUGAAUUCAUCCUAUAUCCUACUGUAAUCUGUAAUGUUUUCGCCUUGCUUGGAGGAUGAAAAUAAUGCAGUUUACUUUUCUAUUCAAAUUUGGGUUAUAGACCUCUAAUGCCCAUUUCACCCAAACACGGUCUAUACCCAGCUUAGAGCCUAAAAUAUUAAACAGGUGUAAAGAAAACAUUGAUAAAGUGGUCUGAAGUUUAACCUAACAUGAAGUGGGACACGGUCCAUACUGAACCCGAGAUCCCAUAAUAAUCCCAGGUCUGAACAUGACUUCAAUUUAGUGUGGACCGCGUCUAUACCCAACUUAUAAGACGCCAUGCUAUUUCAAUU